GUCUGGGACUCAAACCGCUGUCGGCCAUGUGGGAGUCCAGCGCCUUAACCACUAUGCCACAUGUGGGCCCAGGAUUGUUGAUUCAGCCGUCAGUCAAGGCACAUUUCUUGAGCUCUGUCUGUAUACCCCAUACCAGAGGCAGCACAAACCCCGAGGAUGCAGGUCCGGGGGUGCCAUGAUCUCGGCGAUGGCCCCCAGCAUCCUCCUCUCUCUGCUGCUGCUCCUGAGGCCCGCGCCCGCGGGGGCGCACUCCGUGGCCCUGGAGGCCACCUUCCUGGAGGACGUGGUGGGCAGCGGGGAGGCCGAGGGCUCGUCGGCCGCCUCCUCCAGCCUCCCGCCACCGCAGACCCCGGCCUUCAGCCCCACGCCCGGGGGGGCCCAGCCCACGCCCCUGGAGGGCCCCUCGCGCCCCACCAACUUCCUGGACGGGAUCGUGGACUUCUUCCGCCAGUACGUGCUGCUGAUCGCCGUGGUGGGCUCGCUGGCUUUCCUGCUCAUGUUCAUCGUGUGCGCCGCGCUCAUCACGCGCCAGAAGCACAAGGCCUCGGCCUACUACCCGUCCUCCUUCCCCAAGAAGAAGUACGUGGACCAGAGCGAUCGCGCCGGGGGGCCCCGCGCCUUCAGCGAGGUCCCCGACAGGCCUGCGGCCGACCGCCCCGACGAGGCUCUGGACUCCUCCCAGCAGCUCCAGGCUGACAUCCUGGCGGCCACCCAGAACCUCAAGUCUCCCUCGAGGGCUGCCCAGGGCAGCGGGGACGCCGCCAGGGUGGAGGGGGCUGAGGAGCAGGGCGACACGGAGGUGGACCAGGAAGCCCAGGGCCCCGGGGUCCCAGCUGAGAAGCCGCAGGAGGAGCCGUGCUCAGUGGUGGCCGAGGUGGCUCUGGCAGCCUGUGAAGGGGAGCCAGAAGGGUCUGUCUCACCAGCCCAGGGACAAGCAGAUCCCCCAGAAAGUCCCUGUGCUUGUGGCAGUGUCUCCCCCAGCGAGUAACAGCCCUCCAGGGCUGCUGGCCCUGACUGUCGGACCCCAAAGUGGCCACCUCCUUGGGCCUGAAAAGGCCCCCAGUCCUGACUGCUUUCCAACACUCCCUCCUUGGCCACCGCAGGGUGAUGGUCUCAUGGCUCUCAGGGCCACCCCAGAAAUCUCAUAUGACGUUCCAAGAACGUCUGCCUCUGCAGUCCCAAAGGGCCACACCCCAAAGCGCAGCCAGCCUGGGAAGCCGAGGGGGAACUGUCCCCAGGAGAGCCACCAUCAAAGGCCCAUGAAAUCAGCCACUUGGGUGAGGAAAUUUCUGCUGCAGGUCCCUGGUGACAGGGCGAGGUGGCAAAGAAACAUGGGAUGACCCGGCAUUUUGGAGGGCCACCCGUGGGAGACGCAGAGGUACCAGGGUGGGCGGAGCAAAACUCAGCCUGGCGUCCAGUGGGGCGUGGGAGCUGCAGGUGGUGCGUCCCCUCACAUCCAAAUAUUUUGAGGUUUUUCUGCCUCUGCUUUGAGCCACAGGACCAGGGAAAACCUCUGGGAGGCGCCCGUACGUAUCUCGUGACCAGUCCCUAGAGGAGCGUUUCCCAAACUGGGUUCCUCACGGUCCCCUGGGGCAACGUGAUUCUGGGGUCAGAUGAGUUGAGGAAACACUGCCUGUCGAUCCACCCCCUGCACCAGGGCUCCGACAGGCCCCGUGGUACAGACCCCUGUUGAAUUUGGUCUCCUUUAGCCUUUUCCAAACUUCUUUUGACCAUGGAGUACUUUUGAAAAAUUGUACAGCUCUGAACAAAAAGUCUUGCAGUGCUC